AUGUCGGCCGACGCCGCGCCGGGCGGCCUCGGCAUGGGCCGCACGCUUGUGCGCAUGCUCUCCCUGCGCUCCGGCGGCGAGCCCACCUACGACCGCCGGGGCGCCCUGCUGCAGGGCAGCUGCAGCCAGCACCAGGACGUCACGUGGAUCGUGUCCCAGAUGCGCGACGGCGACGAGUCGUGCCAGGAGCAGGCCACGGCGCUUCUGGCCGAUCUCGCCGAAACCAACGAAGCGGUGCUCGACGCCUUCAUCAAUGAGGGCGGCCUGCAGCCGCUGAUCCACAUCCUGGGCGACGGCAGCGACCCGGCCAAGGAGUGCGCGACGGUCGUCGUGGCCGUUCUGGCCCAAUCGCCGGAGCGCGGCGCGGCAUUUGUGGACGCAGGGGGCAUGAAGACGCUGGUGGGCAGGCCCCUGACUUCCAAGAACGCCUACAGGCGGAAGCGCGCGCUGUGGGCGACCGUGAAGCUGAUGAAGCUGCAGGGAGCAGUCGUGGUGGCCCAGGUGGCCGAGUUCGGCGGCAUCCCACCCCUGGCCAACCUCGCGGGCACUGGAGACAAGGAGGACCGCAAGCGCGCGGCCCGCGCCCUGUGCAUUCUCUCCGAGGCGCCACCGCCGAUCCCCGCGAUAAUGGCAAGGGAUGGGGGUGUGCGGGUGAUGCUCAAGCUGUCCGAGGCGAUCAGCGACAAGCAGAGGGUGCUGGCGGCCCGGGCGCUGGCCAAGUUCAGCGAAGGGAGGGAGGGGCAGGACGAGCUGGUGACCCUGGGGGGGAUCGCGCCACUGCUCAAGAUGCUUGGGGACCCCGACGAGGAGGAGUGCCGCUGCAAGGCGGCCUACGCGCUGGCCAACCUGAGCAUGCGGUCCAGGGCCAGGCGGGUGAUGCGGCGCAACGGGGCGAUCAACGAGCUGGUGGAAGUGCUGGAGGAGUUCGAGAAGUCGCCCGGGGAGGUGGCGAUGGCGGCGUGCGCGCUGUGCAACAUGGCGCAGGAGGAGGGGAACAGGGAUGCGAUUGUGGACCGGGGGGCCGUGCCCCAUCUGAUGAAGAUAGUGGAAGUGGCGGAGGACGGGUCACAGAAGAUGGCGCUGGCGGCGCUGGGCAACCUGGCCCGCAGCAAGAGGCCACGCAACGCGAUCGUGAGGUGGGAGGGCGGGGCGGGGGUCACGCUGGUGGUGGAGCGGCUGACCGAUCAGGACAAGGUGAAGGUGCACCAAGCAGUGCGGCUGGUGGCCAAUCUGGCCAUCAGCAGGGCCGCCCACGAGACCAUUGAAGAGGCGGGGGCGAUCCGGCACAUGGUGCCCCUUGUGCAGUCCGAGUGGCCAGAAACGCGGAGGCUGGUGGCGGGGUGCCUGGCAUCGUUGGCUGUGCACCCAGAGUGCAAGAAGGACAUCGUCAACCAUGGUGCGAUCCCUGGGCUGGUGGCGAUGUUGUCGGGGGACAACCAGGAGCAGGCGGCCUAUGCGAUUGCCACACUGCUGGAUGGUGUUGAAGCUCUUGUUCCUGAGAUCAGGGAGAGCAUCGUUGCUGGCAUUGCUGCAGGUGAUGGCAUCCCCCUCCUCGCGUCACUGCUGGCUUCGAAAUCAGGGUAUGCAAGUUUGCAUGCUGCUCAUGCUGUUGCAAGCCUGUCAGAAUCCACAACAGAGAUCAGGAAGGAGAUCGGGCACUCUGAGGCAGUACUGAACUUGGCAGACCUUCUUGUCGAGGAGAAUGUAGAGCUGAGGGUGAGUGCUGUCAGGGCGUUGGCAAAUCUGGCACUUGUGGAAGGGAACCAGGAGGCCAUCGCUCAGAGUGGAUGCAUCAGAUGGCUGAUCCACUUGCUGCACACAGGUGAUGAGAAGUGUCGAGAUCUGGCAGCAUCAGCCCUCUCCAACGUGACCUUUUCGUAUGAGGACGACCAGCGGCGCUUGCGCGUGGCAGCGGCGCUCAGGAAGGCGGAGAGAAACCGCCCCAACAGUAACCUGACGACCAGUGGGACGGCGAAGAGCCAAUGUGAUGGUGCCUCCUCUUCGCGAGACGGCAGUGAGUCUUCGGCUGCAGCGGUCAUCAGCGGCUGGUUCAGCAGGGUGAAUGAGAAAUCACCGCUUGAGCCAGUUGAGCUGGACAAUCUGAAGUGCCUUCCGGAUCGCCUGCUGCAGGCCAUUGCGAUGGAAAUUGGGAAAGGGGCGGCGCAGGGGAAGUAA